AUGCUUCUUCGGCCCGCGCGCCAUUGUGCUCGCCUGUUUUCUGAAGUGCUUCGCGCAGACGCCUCGUUAGCUGUUCAAAGUACAAAGGUGGGGGACCGGGGCGAUGGAAACGACGGAUUCGCAGGAUGA